AUGGCGCACGUGGAGGUUAAGGAAGCUGAGAAGGAGUACAUUUGGUUUCUUGACUCAGGAUGCAGUAACCAUAUGUGUGGCAAAAGGGAAGUUUUUAUUGAGAUGGAUGACAGCUUUCGAGAGUCAGUGAAGCUGGGGUAUGACUCCAGUCUUAGUGUGAAGGGCAAAGGCAAGGUACGACUAGAAGUGCAUGGGAUCAUGCAUGUCAUCACAGGAGUUUUCUUUGUACCUGAGUUGAAGAACAAUCUGCUGAGUAUUGUUCAACUGCAAGAGAGAGGACUCGUAGUGCUCAUGCAACAUGGAAAGUGUAAGAUCUUUCAUCCCGAGAAAGGUCUAAUUCUUGAGACUGAGAUGACGUGCAAUAGGAUGUCCACUGAAGGAACAAAAAUGUCUCACCAUGACAACCACAGAUCAAGCAACUCUCUGGCACUUAAGAGGGUGAAACUGGAUGAUAAAAGCCUCAAAUGCAUACUAAUGGGGGUAAGUGAAGAAUCCAAAGCUUAUAGACUGUUUGAUCCUAUUUCACAGAAAAUUAUUAUUAGUCGAGAUGUGGUUUUUGAGGAAGAUGAACAGUGGAAUUGGGAUGAAGUUUAUGAGCAAGCUGUCUUAACCGACCUUGAGUGGGAAACUGAUGAAGAAACAACCACAGAAAAUGAAGAGGGAUCUGGAGAUAUUGAAAACAUUGAAGAUGAUGAGUUUCAUGAAGUAGGAGGAGCCAUGACUGAAGGCAGUGCAUCUCAAGAGAGACGAACUCAAAGACCACCAAUAUGGAUGAGAGAUUAUGAAACCUAG